UUUUCAAAAUCACCAUUUUAGCUCGUUAUAUUACUAUAAUCAAGCAGGUUUACUAUACAAUGACCUGGCUACAGUUAAUACUUUAUAAUCUCAAUAAAUAAUUGGAACUCUCCUGACGUUUAGUAAUGAUUCGCAUUUAGUUGAAAUUUGAUAAUCGAUUAAUCGAUUAAUCGAUUGCCGAGAUUAUCGAAAUAUACGUGUGACGGAAACUUCAUUGAAGUUACAAAUCACCUGCAUAUAUACGUAUAAUUUCAGUGUCAUAUGUACAACAUAUUCAACAAUUUAUUUUUUUCUUGUCAUAUAUAAAUAUUAUUAAAAAUAAAUUAUGUUUAAUUUAAUAGCCUAAACAUCAACUAUUAAAUGUUUCAACAAAACUGACUAUAUGUGUUUAAUUUGUUUGUAUUUACAACUUGAAGAUAAGAGUGUUAUCAGAACUUUAUGUAAAAUAACGGUGUAGAUUUCUGAAAAAUAUUUUUGUAACUUAUGUGAAAAGGACGAUCAAAUACCUGGUAAAACAGAUGAUGAUACACAGAAGUUUUUUACUACAAUGGAUCUUGGUGGCAGUAUUCAUAGUCACAAUAAUUUAUUUAAAAAUAAAAUUGAACUUUCUGGAGGAUCACUACAAAUUAUUGCACAAUGCCAUCACACAAGAACAAAACAGUAUUCAAAGCGGACUUGAAGUCAACGAGCGCUCUUACAAAUCAACGUUCAAUGAAAUCAUCAUUAUCUACAACAGGGUACCAAAAACAGCAUCAACCAGCUUUGUAGGUUUAGUCUACGAUCUGUGCAAACAGAACAAAUACCAUGUGUUACAUAUUAACGUUACCAAUAAUAUGCACACUCUUACACUUGCUAAUCAGAUUCAGUUUGUAAAUAAUGUAACUGGAUGGAAUGCAAAAAAGCCAGCAUUUUAUCAUGGACAUAUUGCAUUCUUAGACUUUGAGAAAUUUGGUGUCCAACAAACGCCUUUGUACAUAAAUCUUCUACGUAAACCUUUAGAUAGAUUUGUUUCUUAUUACUAUUUUCUGAGGUAUGGAGAUAAUUUCAGACCACAUUUAAUUAGAAAGAAGCACGGUGAUACUAAGACUUUUGAUGAAUGUAUCGAUGCUGGACAACCAGAUUGUGAUCCCGAUAAUAUGUGGCUACAAAUACCGUUUUUAUGUGGUCAUGAUCCUGCAUGCUGGGAAAUUGGGAAUAGUUGGGCAUUAGAAGAAGCAAAAAGAAAUUUACAGAAACAUUAUCUUUUGGUAGGAGUAACAGAGGAAUUAACAGAAUUUGUAGAAACGUUGCAGAUUGUGCUUCCACGAUUUUUUAAAGGGGCCUAUAAUUCUUUUUUACACAGCAAUAAAUCACAUUUACGCCAAACUACACAAAAAAUUAAUCCACGACCUGAAACAAUAGAGAAGAUUCAAAAGUCUGUCGUUUGGAAAAUGGAAAAUGAAUUAUAUAAUUUUGCUUUAAUGCAUUUCCAUGCAGUGAAAAAACGUCUUAUAAAUGCUUCACCUCAAGAUAUAAAUCAGCGGUUUAUGUAUGAAAAAAUACGUCCAAAAUAAAUUAUCUUUGUUAAAUAAGUU